AUGGCCAAGAAGGAGAAGGUCCCCCUUUCCACCCACCUGCUCGCGGGUGGUACCGCCGGUCUCGCCGAGGCGCUCGUGUGCCACCCCCUUGACACCAUCAAGGUGCGCAUGCAGCUGUCGCGCGGCCGCAAGGGCACGGCCAACAAGCCCCUCGGCUUCUUCGCAACCGGCAAGCAGAUUGUUGCCCGCGAGACCCCGCUCGGCCUGUACAAGGGUCUCGGUGCCGUCGUGACUGGUAUCGUGCCCAAGAUGGCCAUCCGUUUCGCUUCGUUCGAGAUGUACAAGGGCUGGCUCGCAAACGAAGACGGAGCGCUCUCGCCCGGCAAGAUCUUUGUCGCCGGCCUUGGUGCCGGUGCGACCGAGGCUGUCAUUGUCGUCAACCCCAUGGAAGUCGUCAAGAUUCGUCUCCAGGCGCAGCAGCACUCUCUCGCCGACCCCGACGCCACUCCUCGUUACCGUAACGCCGCUCACGCGCUCUACACCAUUAUCCGCGAGGAGGGUUUCUCGACUCUGUACCGUGGUGUUGCCCUCACUGCUCUUCGUCAGGCCACCAACCAGGGUGUCAACUUCACUGCCUACCAGUACUUUAAGAAGUGGGCAAUGGAGUUCCAGCCAGAGUACAGCGCCAAGGGCGAGCUCCCGUCGUACCAGACCAUGGUCAUUGGUCUCAUUUCUGGUGCCAUGGGUCCCUUCUCCAACGCCCCCAUCGACACCAUCAAGACGCGUAUCCAGAAGGCUUCCAAGGAGCCUGGAGAGACCGCCUUCUCCCGUUUCCAAAAGGUCGCCGCCGACAUGUUCAAGAACGAGGGUAUCUCGGCCUUCUACAAGGGUAUCACUCCUCGUGUCAUGCGUGUUGCUCCUGGCCAGGCCAUUGUCUUUGCCGUCUACGAGCGCGUCAAGCGUAUCAUUGACACCCUCAAGACCGAGGACGUCACGCCCGAGGAGUUUGAGGCGUAA